AUGAAUAUCGAUAAUUCCAUAAGAAGUACACAUAUAGAUGUUAUAGAUGUCGACCAAAGUGAUGAAGAUGUGUCAAUUGCUUCAUCAGCUUUGAAUUUAAUAAAUAAUAUUGUGGAAAAUGAUGACGACCAAUGCACCAUCGAUCCUGAAUUUACAAACGCAUGUGAUGAUAAAAAAGAUCAUGAAUCAAAGACUACGAAAAAUGAAAACCCGGUUGUUCAAUACGAUCCAAAUGCAAACACAACAAGAUUAGGGAGACCUAGAAGUCAUAUCACAAAUCCAUCCAGCGAACCAUUAUCAGACUCAUCAUCUCAAAAUGAACAACUUUCAAUCAUGUCCAAAUUUAGAUUCGAUAAUCAACCCCUCGAAGGAGCAGGCUCAAGAGGUGGUAGAAUGUUAAGAAAACCUACUCGUGGUAAAAUCACACCGGAAACUAUUAAAAAGAAAAAGAAAAUACAAUCUACCUUGAAUCUUACAUCGUCAUCAACUGUGAAUGAUCCUAAUAUUAAAGAACUCACAAAUUCCAAAAUUUCCAAACCUGUGGAACUCAAAUCUAGAACAAUUCUAACAAAAGGGCUCCCAAAAUCUUCCAAAAUAAAUCUUAGUAAUUUUUAUAAAUUUAAACCAAAAGAAAAUAAAAAUUUCAAACCUUUACCAUCACCAAUAAUCAAAUUGAGCUUUUUCAUAGAUUAUUUUACAAUCACUGAUCAAUCUAGAAUUGAAGACAAACAUCAAUUAGCUUUAGGUUUCCCCAUACAAAAAGCUCCAUACGCUAGUGAUAUUGUUUUUUUAAUAGAAUAUUUAACAAAAUUUAAAGAUUUAGUUCCAUUUGAUAAAUUAGGUCCUCAAGAUUUUGAAAAAGGUUUAAGUUUACCGAAAGUUAUAGAUUUAGAUGAAAAUGAAAAUUUUACUCAAAAAGAUUUUGAUAAUGAUUCGAAAGAAGAUGAAAGCUAUGACGCUAAUUACGUAUCACCCAAAAUGGAUAAACUAUUUAAAUUGUUGUUAGGUUUGGUUUUGAAUCGAAAAAAAGAUGUUAAUUCUGCUUCUUCAGCUAUUCAAGAAUUAAAACCAAGAACAGAAGCAUUGGGAUUGCCAAGGGAAUGGAAAAUUUAUGAUGCAGAUAGUGGUUCUGAUUAUGAAAUUGGAGAACCUGUUGAUCCAAAUAAUCCCGAUAUUUUAAUUGAUGAAUGGCCAAAAGAAAAUGAUUAUAAAGUCCAAAACAACCUCUUUUAUGAUCACGAAUUUGAAAGUAAUGGUUUGAAAGGUUUGACUCCAAGAGAUAGAUUGAUAGUUUUGAGAACAUUGGCUCAAUGGUCACUUACAGAAUGUUUUGUUAUUAAAGAUUACAUUACUGAUAAUCUUGAAGCUCAAAAUAUGCUAGGUGAUAGAGAUACUUUUUAUGUCUCAAGAGCUAUAUUACUUGGUUUUGACAAUUGUUCGCAAAAUAAAAGAAACGCUGAACAAAGAAUGGCCAAGAUGAAAUCAGGAGGAGAAGAUUUGAAAUACGUCGAUCCUACCAGUGAUCCUACUCAACAUUCAAUGAAUCUCAGAUUAUUAGAACAUUUAGUUGGUGAUUUGGGUUUUCAUAUUGGUAGAUUUUAUUUAUGCAGAAUGAGUGAUGCUAAAACAGGAGGAUUGUCAUCAAUUGAAAAUAUGAAGAAUACAUGGAAAGAUUUGAAUUCAGUUUCUAGUGAGAAUUUACCAUCUAGUUUCAAGCUUUACUUACAAGAUACUUACACCGUUGCAAAAAAUUCAAUUAUAAAAGAUGGUGUUGAAUUUGAUAAAGAUGGUAACGAAAUUGAAAAUAAUGAUAGAAUCAAUGAUGAUACAAAUGAUUGGUAUGAAGUUGCUUCAAAUGCAGAAGAAUUGAAAUGUUUUAUUGACUUUUUGAGUGAAAAAUUAGAUGUUAAAAAAAUCAAUUCAUCAGAUUUAUUAGUUUCUGUUCAAAAAUUACAUGAGUUUUUGAAUAAGAUAUACCCUUUAUUGGAAAAACAAGAAGAAUUGAUCAAAUCAGCUAAAAUAAAAAGAGAUAAUAAGAAACAGAACAAAUCACAAAAGGAGCAACCACAAAUAGAAAGAAGAAUCACAAGAGCUCAAAAGGCUCUUGCGUAUAACGAAAAUGAUGAAGAUGACGAAUCUGAAUAUGAAUCUGACGAAGAAUCUAGCAGAGAAUCUGAUGGUGAUUCUGAUGCAAAAUUUGAUGAUAAUUUUGAAGUCGGUGAUUCAGAAAAUACUAACGAAGUAAAUGAAAUAAUUGAAAUUAAUGACCUGCAUGAUCUCGAUGAUCUUAAUGAUGAAAGUUACGAUGCUAACGAAGUUAAUGAUAGUUUAUUAAAAAAUACUAAUGAUUUUGACGAAAUUGAAGAAAUAGAAAAUGAUGAAGUUGACGACGAUAAUGAAGAUGAUGAAGAUGAAGAAGAGGAUGAAGAAGAAGAUGAAGAAGAAGAUGAAGAUGAAUACGUAGAUUAA